AUGGAAGACUCCGAAGAAGAAUUUGAUGAGUUGUGGGCAGACUACCGCGAUACAGAGCCAGAAAUAAAAAAAAAGAAAAAACUGCAAAAACACAAGUUUGACGAAAACAAUGAAAAGACUGAAGAAUCAGAUGAUAAUGAUAAUUACAAUGAAAAUGAUAAUGAAAAAAAUCGUCCGAAAAAGCAACGAAAGAUAUUAGUUUGCAAAGAGGAUGAGAUUGAUGUCUCUUAUAUAAACAAUGCCAACAUCACAGAUCCCACUUGCAACAACUUAAAUUCUGACCUUUCAUCCGAAAUCAUUAUCCAACAACCGGUAUUAUCACCAAUUGCAAACGACAGUUUGGACAAAGAAUUACAAUGA